CAUCGCAAUUUCUACCAAUCAGCUUCACUCCCAGUCGACUCACCCCACCUACUCUUUCUCCUUCUUGCUGCAAACGCCUCAUGUCGGCCUCCUUCUUCGCCCGCCGCGCUGUGGCGCUUCGCGCUGCGCCCCUCCGAGCAUCGAUGGCUUCUCCCGCCAGGAUGCUCCGCACGUCGGCCGUCCUGCGCGCCGACUCGCACGCACCGCCCGUCAUCCAGGGCGAAGGCGGCAAGCCCGGCGAGGUUCCCACGGACGAGGCCCAGUCGACCGGUCUCGAGCGGUUUGAGCUCCUGGGCAAGCUCCAGGGCGUCGACGUGUUCGACAUGGAGCCGCUCGAGAGCGACCGACUCGGGACCAAGAAGGACCCCAUCGUUGUCAAGAGCUUGUUCCCCACGAGGAUCAUUGGCUGCUCGGGAAGCCCGGCAGGAAGCCACGACACCAUCUGGCUCCACCUCAACCUCGAGACAGAGUUCCACAGGUGCCCCGAGUGCGGCUCUGUGAGCAAGCUCGACUUCCAGGGCGACCCGGCCCUCUUGGAGGGCGGCCACCACUAGAUUGGUGUCGUGUGUCGGGGACUGCAUUGAUUACUUUUGAGGAUGGCAGCUGGCGUCCAGGAUAGACAGAGAGACGAAAUGAAGAAAAAACGGUCGACGACUGAGAAGGAAGGAAUCAGAUCCACAUUCUCUCCAUUCUCAGACCACAUUUCGGCAGAGUCGCCGAAAGAGUGAAGCAGAAAGAGUUGUUUUCUUGGAAGUGAGGGUAAAAGUACGAAGAGGGUCGCAAACGGCUACUUUAUUUGCGACGACUCGCCACGGAGAUUGAGGUAGGAUUGGUCAACUC